CCGGGACGCUGGGUUGAAGGUUUUCCUAGGGAACUGAUUGUUGUCGCCCCGCCCCCUCGGGGGGCUCUUUGUCCCGUUAACUGUCCGAGUGGCGGGGCGUCAGCGCUGGGCGACAUGCCGGUGCGCUUCAAGGGGCUGAGUGAAUACCAGAGAAACUUCCUGUGGAAAAACUCGUAUUUGUCAGAGUCCCAUAAUCCCUCAGUAGGACGAAAGUACCCAUGGGCUGGACUUAGAUCAGAUCAAUUAGGAAUCACGAAAGAACCAAGUUUUAUUUCAAAGAGAAGAGUCCCUUACCAUGACCCACAGAUUUCAAAAUCUCUUGAGUGGAAGGGAUCUAACUCAGAGAGCAAUGUGGUGUCACCAGAACCUGAAGCCUCAGUAUCGCAAGAGGCAGAACAAAAAGAAGAUGUUAACCAGGAAGAAGUUCUCCCACUGGAAGUCUCCAAAGUUCCCAAGAGAACCAGAUCUCACUCUGCAGACUCUAGAGCUGAAGGGACUGUAGACCUUGUGGAAAAGAAUGAGGAUGUAAUAGCAAACCAUACACCAGUUAAUGAAAAUGUGGAACUGGGACACUCUACCAAGCUUCUUGCAGGAAAAGUGGAUAAUGGGUUGGAUAGACUUCUACGAAAGAAAGCUGGAUUGACUGUUGUUCCUUCACAUAAUACUUUGAGAAAUUCUGAAUAUCAAAGGCAGUUUGUUUGGAAGACUCCUAAAGAAACUGCUCCGAUUUUUGCAGCCAAUCAGGUUUUCCACAAUAAAAGCAAAUUUGUUCCACAAUUCAAAGGUAACUCAAUCAUCCAUGAAACUGAAUACAAAAGAAAUUUCAAGGGCUUAUCUCCAGUGAAAGAACCAAAGUUAAGAAAUGAUUUGAAAGAGAAUGGAAAUUCCGAAACUAUAUCCCCUGAAAAGAAGUGUAAUAAAAAAGACGAUCCUUUAAAAUCAGAAGCAGAGAUGGCAUCAAAAGACUCAAACAAGCCUAAAAAGAAGCUUACACCUUGGAGUCACCAGAGGCUUGGGAAGGUGAAUUCUGAAUAUAGAGCAAAAUAUCUGAGCCCAGCUCAGUAUUUAUAUAAAGCUGGGGCUUGGACUCAUGUAAAGGAAAACAUGCCAAAUCAGGGUUCCCUAAAUGCCAUGUGGUAUGCGGAGGUUAAAGAACUCCGAGAGAAGGCUGAGUUUUACAGGAAACGAGUCCUGGGAACACAUUUUUCUCGGGACCAUCUGAAUCAGAUUCUAUCUGAUAAAAAUUGCUGUUGGGAUGUCUCCUCAACCACGAGCUCAGAGGGAACCAUUAGUAGCAACAUCAGAGCUCUAGAUCUUGCUGGAGAUCCUACAAGCCAUAAGACUUUGCAGAAAUGUCAUUCUACCAAACUAGAAGAAAAAAGACCUGUCUUGGAAGAACAGCCCCCAAAAUAUACCACAGAGAAAUUGGACAUGUCAGGCGCUCCCACUAUGCCUGUUAAAAGACGUCUGGCUUGGGAUGCAGAUAACACCAAUGAAGAUAUACAAAAACAGCCAAAAGGGAAGGAGGAGGAGGAGGAAAGUGAAAGGGACAAACAGGUUCAUAUGGGAGAGUUAGAGAAGUUGGAAGUAAAUGAAAGAUCUGAGGCAGACAAGAUAAAAGAAGGGUCAGAUUCUUCUUCUAUAUCUUCAGGAAAAGGCGGCAGGCUUCCUACACCAAAGCUGAGAGAACUUGGUGGAGCCCAGAGGACUCAUCAUGACCUUACCACUCCAGCUGUUGGUGGUGCUGUCUUAGUGUCCCCAUCUAAAGUGAAGCUUCCAGUGCCGGAACAGAGGAAAAAAAUGUUCCCUCAGGAUGGCUUAGAGACGUCAAAGAAUGAGUUUAGCAAGAAAGAAAGUCGCACUAUAUCCCUACUGACUUCUCCGGCUGCUGGUGUAAAAACAGUUGAUCCCCUGCCUUUGAGGGAAGAUUCUGAAACUAAUAUCACCAAAUUUGCUGAAGAAACUCAUCCAGUUUCAAAAAUUCCUGAGUCUCCAGCAGACACCCCUGGGCAGUGUCCUUCUCCACCCCAUGCACCAUCCUACUGGCAUCCUUCUCGUCGAAUUCAGGGGUCUCUAAGAGAUCCAGAGUUUCAACAUAAUGUGGGAAAAACAAGGACGAACAAUUUCCAGUUGCCGCAACAUGAUGCCUUUAAUGAUGAAGAUGACAGAUUGUCUGAGAUUUCUGCUCGCUCUGCAGCUUCUAGUCUCCGGGCUUUCCAGACGCUGGCACGAGCUCAGAAAAGGAAGGAGAACUUCUGGGGCAAAACGUGAAUAAAUAUGUACCUAGUUGAGUUGCUUAUAUUUAGGGAACUGUUGGCAUAAUUUUUCUUUAUUGCUUACUGUGUUAAGAUUUUUCAAGUUUUUUUUUUUUUUUUUAACAUUCUCUACUUAAAAAGAGUUAUUGGCUUUUCAAUAGUCAAUUUAAUUUACUUGGAAAUUUUUAACACAGGUUCAUUCAAUUUAACUUUUAAAGAAUUCUUUUUACAUCUAUCCUAAGGUACAAAGAGAUAGAUGACAUAGUUCUUCACAUGUUCUAACUUUUGUAUUAGGUGUCAUGGAUGGCUGCUAGAAUUCAGAAUUUCACCCAUCUAGAGAAUAUUCUAAAAGGAUGAACAGAGUGAAAUAAAAAUUAAGAUCCAAGUUUGAAGUAUGAUUCUUUUAAUAUUGGUUAUAUGUCUCUUCAUAAUUGUAGAAGUCAUAAAAAUGAAUUUGUUGUUCCUUUAACUUUUACUGUAAUGUUUAUUUUAGUACCUUCUGUGUGUGUUACAGUGUUAUUUAAGAUAAUUGUAUUUUAGAUUGAAAAUACUAGCUGUAUAUAUUUUUAUUUAUGUAACAAAGUUUGUUGAGAGAAUAUGUAUAUUUUUGAUCCUUGUGUGUAUUCUAUUUGUAUAAGAACUUUGGCUUACAUUUGAAUAAUGUCUGAAUUUUGAAAAAUUGUUUGUAUAAUGGGAUUUAAACUUUGUAGACAUUUUGAAAUAAAAAUUGAUCAAGUGUGUUUGUCUUCUCCAGAAAGUUAUUAAAUUGAGCAAGUAAUUUAUCUUUUAGAAGUAUUAAUCAAAAGUUAUACUUCUUUUGCAGCUGUCAAAAUGCAAACAAACUGAGUCCACAAUAUUUUUGCAUGAAUAUAGGACAAAUACAGAAUUUCC